AUGGAUAAACGUGUAAGUGAAAAUACUGACGAAUAUGUGGACUUAACUAUGGAUGCUUUAACUCUAAUAAAUAAAAAUAUUAAACCACCAUCUAAUAAAAUAAAUUAUGCAAAAAUAGAACCGCUUGAAUUAGAAUAUAUAUCUAUGGAAGAUAUUAUUCGGCUUAUGAAAGACAAUUUCAAUACAUUAUCAUUAACAUUCGAUGAAUUUUGUCACAUUCGAAAUGUCAUUACACGAGCUGAAUUAGAAACUCUAUUGUUCGACGAUAAAUUAUAUGCCGAUGUAGCUCAGGGGAAGUUAUGUUUCAAUUGUCGAAAAGUACAUUUUAAUCUAUUGACAUUUACGUUCGGUAUUCAAUGUAGCGUUUGCAAACAAAAAGUUUGCCGAAAUUGUGUCACACAAAUUGCUUUACCAAAAGAGAAAUUAAAUGAUGUACCAAUUCAUACAUUUACUCCAUUAACGAUGCCACAAUCUCUAAUGAGUUUAGAGAAAUCUUAUUCACUUGAUACACAAUCUCCGCUUACACCAGUAAUGAACGAUGUAUUAAAUGAUUUAACACACGAUGAACAGGAAUUUCGUCGUUGUUCAACUCCAGCCAGUAGUCAUAAUAGUUCUGUUAUAAAUGAUGGAUCUGCAAAACCAAUCGAUAUAUGCACCGAUUGUUUUUUUCUUUUGCAACAAAUACGAAAAAAAUCUCGACAACGUCACGUUAAUAGACCAAUUAUUCCAUCAAAGUCAUCGUCAUUUAAUCGUUCUCAUCAUUCGUCAUCACGUUCGCCGUCAAAUUAUAAUCUGUCAUCAUCAUCAUCUACAUCUUCAAUUGCUGUUUUAUUAGCUCAGAAACAACAACAGCAGCAAUAUCCCCACCAAUGCUCAUUUAUACCCAAGUCGAAUUCUGUUCAGUCAAAUUUGAAACAAGCAAAAUCAGUACAAGAAAUAUCAGGAAUUAAUGAUUCAUUACAAACAUUGACAACAAUAGGUGCAACCGGUGGUACGCCAAAAGUUAGUUUAUCGCGGCGUCAUCUCUUUUUGAAACUUGAACCAGCCUAUGAUGGGAAAAUAACUAAUAUCAAAACCGGUUAA